AUUAAAAAGCCUGUCUUUUCGUUGAAGAGGACAGGGGUUAAAAUGAAUGAAGACCUGAAGGUCAAUUUAAGCCGGCUGCCUCAGGAUUACUCAGACGCCGGUGCUGCGGAGAACAUCUCGGCGGCCGACUCCUCCCAGGUUCCUGUCCUAGAGCCGGAGCCCGAGCUCACAGUCAACCCCUGGGACAUUGUCUUGUGUACCUCGGGAACCCUCAUCUCCUGUGAGAAUGCCGUCGUGGUCCUUAUCAUCUUCCACAACCCCAGCCUGCGAGCGCCCAUGUUCCUGCUCAUAGGCAGCCUGGCCCUGGCAGACCUGCUGGCCGGCCUUGGACUCAUCAUCAAUUUCGUCUUUGCCUACCUGCUCCAGUCGGAAGCCACCAAGCUGGCCACGAUCGGACUCAUUGUCGCCUCUUUCUCUGCCUCUGUCUGCAGCUUGCUGGCCAUCACAGUGGACCGCUAUCUCUCGCUGUAUUACGCCCUGACGUACCACUCGGAGAGGACAGUCACGUUCACCUACGUCAUGCUUGUCAUGCUCUGGGGCACGUCCAUCUGCCUGGGGCUGCUGCCCAUCCUGGGCUGGAACUGCCUGCGCGACGAGUCCACCUGCAGCGUGGUCAGACCGCUCACCAAGAACAACGCAGCCAUCCUCUCGGUCUCCUUCCUCUUCCUGUUUGCGCUCAUGCUUCAGCUCUACGUGCAGAUCUGUAAGAUCGUGAUGAGGCACGCCCACCAGAUCGCCCUGCAGCACCACUUCUUGGCCACAUCGCACUAUGUGACCACCCGGAAAGGGGUCUCGACCCUGGCUAUCAUCCUGGGGACCUUCGCUGCCUGCUGGAUGCCUUUCACCCUCUAUUCCUUGAUAGCAGACUACACCUACCCCUCCAUCUACACCUACGCCACCCUUCUGCCCGCCACCUACAAUUCCAUCAUCAACCCGGUCAUCUAUGCUUUCAGAAACCAGGAGAUCCAGAAGGCCCUCUGCCUCGUGUGCUGCGGCUGCAUUCCCUCCAGUCUCUCGCAGAGAGCGCGGUCGCCCAGCGACGUGUAGCAGUGCUCCACCUGGGAGGACGCUCCAUGGCCAAGCGCUUCCACUGCCAGCUGUCGGCCGGUCGGGAUGCUUCCCUUAAACUCUUGGCGUUGGAUUUUUCUCUCAAGCCACGGGAGCACUUAGCCGUCCCCAAGCAGAUGAGUUAAGUGAUGGAGUGGAGAUCCUGUUACCAAUGUGUUCCCCUUUAAACAAAAAUGGUUGAGCUCUUUGCUCAAUAUUAUUUUGUUUUGUUUCAGGACGGAGUUUUUAUUUUACAUUUUUGGAGG